AUGGCCCUCCCAAUGCUUGUUGGAGGCGGCGCUGAAUGCGGCCCCUCAAACCCACUUCAAAACUUGUCCAAACGAUUCGAGCAGGACAGAGGCAUCCAACAAGAUCAUUUUGGCGCGGGUCGAGCAGGGUCUUCGAGAGAGGUUUUCCGUUCGCAGCCGGGAAACACCAGCGCACACGAUCAAGACGCCGCCCGGUUCUUCGCUGCCAACCCAUCGCAUGCGCCCCAGCUCGUCGCAGAUGCCGGGUUCGAUCUCUCCAGCAUGCGUGCUGCCCUGCCAAUGCAUCCGGUGCCCCAGAUGCAGAUGCAGGCACCCCAAAACGCAGCAACGGCGUCCUGGGCAUCCGACUUUAUGGCCCAGUCGACGACUCCCAUCGCUAUGCAGUCUCUGAACCUCGGCCAGCCGAUGCAGACAGCUGCCAAGGGCAUGAACAUGGACGUGCAGGUAGACCACCAGCUGCACCCGAUGCACGCUGCUUCCAGCACCGUCCUCCCACCUCAAGCCGGCGGUAUGCAAUGGAACCCAACGCUCUCUAAUUUCCGCAUGAGCAACUCGAUGCCCGCGUUCAUGCCGCAGAUGCCCAUGCAGCAUCUCGCUCAUCAGCCGCAGCCUGCAGUUACUAACAAAAGAAUAUCCUGGGACAGAGAAUUCAGUGCUCAGGAGCUUCAGCACACCGUGUCUACACCCGUAGUCACUCAAAUUGAUGAACCAGUACAAGAGCAAAUACAGAGACCUGGUGGCGAAGCCGAUGAACUUGCGCGCACCGCUGGCAUGCUGUUGGAAAAUGUCCGACACGAGCAGAAUCCAAAGUUCCAAAAGAGUCAAUUUAUGGGGCUCAUGAAGCAGUUGCGCGAUGGAGAGGUCAUUGUAGAGGGGAACCAGAUGGUCGAGAGCGAAGGCCGUACAUCGUCACAAGCAAACAUUGAUCUGAAAGGCAAAGGCAGAGCGGUCCCGAUCGUAGCACGAUCCAUGAACCCGUCCGCCAACGAGACAGUCUUCCAAUCGAGCCUGAACCAAGCGUCUUCGAACCAGGAGCAGCAGCAGGUGCGAGAUCAGGCGCAGGAAGACGCUAACGAUGCGUAUUUCCGACAAGAGAACGCCGAGUUUGCGCGAUAUUGGUCCGACACGCAGGUCAAGCAGCAGCCGGCGGCGACAGCGGAGACACAGGCGUGGGGCAAACUGCAAGCUGAUUGGGAUCAGUUCGAGGCUACCACAUCUGGGAUCAAGGUCAUUACGAACUACAGAUUCCAGGAGAACAAUCCUUAUCUGCUAGGUGAUUCGUCGCGGACCCGAGCACAUCUCCUCCACACACAAGGGAGGCAAUCGGUUUUAGAGAGUGUUCUUGAGCUCGAAGCAUGUGUGCUACGUAAUAUGCAGGAUGCGAGUGCAUGGUACGAGCUUGGUGUAAAGCAGCAGGAAAACGAACGCGAACAUAAAGCGCUUCAGGCACUUCGACGCGCAGUAGAACUAGACCCAACGCAUCUCCCCGCGUGGCUCGCCCUGGGCAUCUCGUCAACAAACGACAAUGAUCGACAGGGCACAUACGACGCAAUCAACGAAUGGGUCUCUCGGAAUGAACAGUAUCAAGACGCAGUUGCGCAGUUCCGUGCGCAGGCGUCCAAUCCACAGGAUCUCACUCUUGCAGAAAAGUAUUCUCAGCUGAUUCAAUGCUUGAUCACAAUGGCCAGAAGUAACACGAGUGGGGAAAUUGACGCAGAUAUCCAAAUUGCGUUGGCCGUGUUGCUGAACACGAAUGAAGAGUAUGGGAAAGCACAAGAUUGCUUCAGAACUGCACUUGCAGUUCGACCUGAUGAUUGGUUACUUUACAAUCGCGUAGGUGCGACAAUGGCAAAUAGCGGACGCGCAGAAGAAGCACUUGAUUACUAUUAUCGUGCACUGGAACUCAAUCCUGGGUACAUUCGUGCCAGGUUUAACCUGGGAAUAUCAUGCAUUAAUCUUCGGCGCUACGAAGAAGCUGCUCAGCACAUUCUUGAUGCAUUGGCGUUGCAAGACAGCGAUGGAGUCCGGGAUGAUUCGGAGUCGCACGAGAAUCGUGGUGUGGUCUCUUCUGCGCUGUGGGAUAGCCUCAAGACGACAUGUCUCCACAUGCAGAGAGCGGAUUUGGCCACAUUAUGCGACCUCAAAGAUCUCGAGGGAUUCCGGAAUCGCUUUCAUCAUACAUGA